AUGGUUCCCGAGCGAGACAGCCCGGCGAUCAGGCCAUGCGAGCUCCGUCGUCCGACAAGGCCCGCUAAACAUCUCUUAGAAGUAGAGGAUGGGGUGAACCCCGUCCAUUUCCGUGCUUGGAGCCCACGUGGCGUUGGUCUAGUCUACACGGAUAUUCCAAUAUUUCUGGAAACUGACUCGGCUGAAACCAACUCAGCGACUGAAACCACCACAGCGGCUGACACCACCACAGCGGCUGAAAACACCACAGCGGCUGAAACCACCACAGCGGCUGAAACCACCAAAGCCGCUGAAACCACCACAGCGGCUGAAACCACCACAGCGGCUGAAAGCACCACAGCAGCUGAAACCACCACAGCGGCUGAAACCACCACAGCGGCUGAAACCACCACAGCGGCUGAAACAACCACAGCGACUGAAACCAUCACAGCGGCUGAAACCACCACAGCGGCUGAAACAACCACAGCGUCUGAAACCACCCCAGGGGCUGAAACCACCACAGCAGCUGAAACCACCACAGCUGCUGAAACAACCACAGCGGCUAAAACCACCACAGCGGCUGAAACCACCACAGUGGCUGAAAUCACCAAAGCGACUGAAACCACCACAGUGGCUGAAACCACCACAGCGGCUGAAACCACCACAGCGGCUGAAACCACCACAGCGGCUGUAACAACCACAGCAACUGAAACCACCACAUCGGCUGAAACCACCACAGCGACUGAAACCACCACAGCGGCUGAAACCACCACAGCGGCUGAAACCACCACAGCUGCUGAAACCACCACAGCAACUGAAACCACCACAGCGGCUGAAACCACCACAGUGGCUGAAACCACCAAAGCGGCUGAAACCACCACAGCGGCUGAAACCACCACAGCGGCUGAAACAACCAGAGCGGCUGAAACAACCCCAGCGUCUGAAACAACCACAGCGGCUGAAACCACCACAGCGGCUGAAACCAUCACAGCGGCUGAAACCACCACAGCGGCUGAAACAACCACAGCGUCUGAAACCACCCCAGGGGCUGAAACCACCACAGCAGCUGAAACCACCACAGCUGCUGAAACAACCACAGCGGCUAAAACCACCACAGCGGCUGAAACCACCACAGUGGCUGAAAUCACCAAAGCGACUGAAACCACCACAGUGGCUGAAACCACCACAGCGGCUGAAACCACCACAGCGGCUGAAACCACCACAGCGGCUGUAACAACCACAGCAACUGAAACCACCACAUCGGCUGAAACCACCACAGUGGCUGAAACCACCAAAGCGGCUGAAACCACCACAGCGGCUGAAACCACCACAGCGGCUGAAACAACCAGAGCGGCUGAAACAACCCCAGCGUCUGAAACAACCACAGCGGCUGAAACCACCACAGCGGCUGAAACCACCACAGCGGCUGGAACCACCACAGCGGCUGUAACCACCACAGCAACUGAAACCACCACAUCGGCUGAAACCACCACAGCGACUGAAACCACCACAGCGGCUGAAACCACCACAGCGGCUGAAACCACCACAGUGGCUGAAACCACCACAGCUGCUGAAACCACAACAGCGGCUGAAACCACCACAGCGGCUGAAACCACCACAGCUGCUGAAACCACCACAGCGACUGAAACCACCACAGCAACUGAAACCACCACAAAAGCACUUAAUACAGAAUCGAUUUCAAAAUAUGUAUACAUUGGCGUUGGAGUUGGCGUCGCAGUUACGUUGGGAACUAUUGCUAUAGUAGCCUCAGGAAUAUGUGUUUUCAGGCGGUGUAAAACAUCCCACUCAUUUGUGGCAGAAACUCAUGUAUACGAAGACACAACAUACGUGGACAACAGUACGCAAUAUACUACUUUAAAGGAUGUGAAUAGAUCACCAUAUGAACUCGCCACAAGCAUCGGUGGCCUUAACGCUAACGCCGCAGCGGUGGACGAACACGUAUAUGCAGCAAUCAAUGAAAACGAUGUUUAAAACAUGUGUGUAAAUUGUGUGACUAUGUGACAGACUCGACCAUGAUGUUCAAAAUGAAAAGGAAGACUCAUUAAAAUAGCAAUUAUCAACGCACACAACACAGUAGUUCCUGAGUCACAAGCCACAGUUCCUUGACAUCAUAAAGACGAACCCUUUCCAAAUUCAAAAUUAAAUCCACUCAGC